GUGCAAUAACAAUGGAUACAAUAUUAUCCCGAUUAAAGAAGCUCAGCCACGAUGAGCUUAGAGAAGAGAUUGUGAGAGCAGGACUGAAAUGUGGGCCCAUUACAGCAACUACAAGGUUUAUUUUUGAAAAAAAAUUGGCUCAGGCACUGUUGGAGCAGCAAGGAGCCCUGGAGGAGGAAGGGUCUGCUCUGCCAGAGGAGGCUGCUGGAAAUGUGCCAGUGAGUCACAACAGCCAUGGAGGUGCUGCUGAGGAGGUGGACUUUGGGUACUGUGUGGGCCUGAACCCUCCAGAAGAAGAUGCUGGGACACUCAUGAACUGUUCAGCUCCAGCCCGUGGUGCUGGAGAUUCACAAAUCUCUGCUCAGACACCAUCCAGAGAUCCUCCACUGUUCUAUGGUGUUUGCCCAGUUUAUGAUGACAUACUGGCCAGGAAUGAGAGGAUACAUGUUUAUGAAGAUAGAAAGGAAGCUCUCCAGGCUGUUAAGCUGAUUAAGGGUUCCCGUUUUAAAGCUUUUACAAACAGAGAGGAUGCUGAGAAAUUUGCUAAAGGAAUCUGUGAUUAUUUCCCAUCUCCAGGCAAGUCCUCUUUAUGUUUGUCUCCAGUGAAAAUGGGAUCAUUUAACAGAGAUGGUUUGUGCUCCCCUGAGAGUGACACUGCGAAUAAGGAGAGAGCCAACAGCUACAAAAGCCCACGGACUCAGGAUCUCACAGCCAAGCUUCGGAAAGCUGUGGAGAAAGGAGACACAGCAACGUUCUCUGACCUUAUUUGGAGUAACCCUCGCUACCUGAUCGGCUCAGGAGACAACCCAACCAUUGUACAGGAAGGGUGUAGGUACAAUGUCAUGCAUGUUGCUGCCAAGGAGAAUCAGCCUGCUAUCUGCCAGUUACUGCUGGACACUCUGGAAAAUCCAGAAUUUAUGCGGCUCAUGUACCCAGAUGAUAACGAUGUCAUGUUGAAGAAACGCAUCCAAUAUAUUGUUGACCUUUACCUGAACACUCCAGAUAAAAUGUGGUUUGAUACUCCGUUGCAUUUUGCUUGCAAGUUUGGGAAUGUGGAUGUGGUUAAUGUGCUUACCUCACACCCAGCCAUUGUGAAAAACCCAAGAAACAAAUAUGAUCAAACUCCAGCAGAAGUAGUCUGUGAAAGAAGCAAGAACAAAUCUGCUGAAUUGAAAGAAAAGAUAAAAGAGUACUUGAAAGGUCACUAUUAUGUGCCACUGCUGAGGGCAGAAGACAAUUCCUCAGCCCCGGUCAUUGGGGCCCCGUGGUCGCCCGACCAGACGGACGAUGGCCCCCAGAGAGCUUGGCCUAAAUACCCUGGCAGCCCCAAAGACCCAGUGCUGUCCAUCAGGGCUUUUGCAGGCCCCAUGAGCCCCUCAAAGGCUGAAGAAUUUCGCAGGCUGUGGAAAACUCCACCUCGAGAGAGAGCUGGCUUCUUUCACAAUGUCAGGAAAUCUGAUCUGGAGAGAGGUGUUGAAAGAGUUGGAAGGGAGUUAGCUCAUGAGCUGGGGUUCCCGUGGGUUGAAUACUGGGAAUUUCUGGGCUGUUUUGUUGAUCUGUCUUCCCAGGAGGGGCUGCGAAAGUUAGAAGAGUACCUGAGUCAUCGUGAAAUGAGCGAAAAGGCUCAGCCAGAAACAGGGGAAAAUGAAACCUGCAAUAGAUACAAAACUCCACAUCCCUCUGGUAAAAGCAAAAAGUCCUGCAAUUCCAUUUCUGUUGGAGCAUUUUUGGAUGAGGAUGAUGAUGACAUGAGCUUAGAAGAAAUUAAAAACAGACAAAAUGCAGCACGAAAUAUCAGCCCCUCUCUGGUGUCCAAGGAGCCCAGCAUUGAUGCCAUUGGAGAUGCUGAGUGUGAUAUCCUGUCCAUGGAGUGUGCAGGAAACAUCAUAGAGACCUCAGCUCACCCUCGGCACUAUGAGAAGGGGGCUGCUGCCAGCAAAAAUGGGUUUUGCAGUCCUGUGUCCAGUAAAAGGAUCAUCAGUGACAGAAAGCAGCUGCAUGAUGGGUCAGAAUGCCUCAUGUCACCUGUUUCCAAUUUGAUGUCAGAAUUUGAAGGCCUGUCAUUCCAAGAACAAGAGGUUGCAGGAGUAUCUCAUAAAAUCACUAAACAAACUGAGAAUGAGGGAAUUCUGGACAAGACCUGCUCUGCAGUGUCACUGGCAAGUUCUCCUGAGCCAAAUGUUACAGGAAAACAUGGAGAGACCAAGUUAAGGACAGACCACAAAAUAUCAUUAGAAAAGGAGAGAGUGUCCAGAGAAUCUGGAAUUCAGACUAGGGAGUCACAGCAACGUCAAGAACUUUCCUCCCAGAAGUUUCUUUCAAAGACUUCACCCACAAACGACAAUUUAAAGUUAUUCCUUCUUGGGGAGCAGCCCUCAAAGCUGGAUGGUGAUGUCUUAGCAGCUAUAGAAGGAGCAGAGAUUGAUCCCCAGAAAUUCCCGAUGAUUUACAAGUGGAAACACGCAGUGCAAUCCUACUCCUCAUCUGACAGGCAAAGUUGGCCAAGUCCAGCGUUGAAGGCAAGAUUCCAGUCCCAAUCCAUGGCUGCUGGUCUUCCAAAUGCUUCAGUGUAUCCUAGUUCAGGAAGAAACAGUCCCAUCCCAGGGAGCCCGGGGAAGCACGGCAGCUCCUUCCCUCCGGAGCCCGGCAGCCCCGGGCGCUACAGCCCCGCCUGCAUCCUGCGCUGCUUUGCGGAGCCUCCUGCCCACUAGAGUGCAACUCCUCAUCCUGGGACUUCAGUUCUGUUCUCAUUGGUAGAGUGGAGGAAAAACUACAAUGUUACUAAGGUGACAUGAGGUUUGUACUCAGCUAUUUAUUUUUCCUCAAUUGAGGACAACUGUAUGUUUAAAUAAUGGAGUAUCUGUCUUAAUGCCACAUACGAGGUAGAUUAUUACUGGUGAUAAGCAAGAAGUUUGUGAGUGCAGUUGUCCAGUAGCUGAAUUAACCCUUGUUGCCAGUACCACAGUGGGCUGAACUGUCCUUAGCAAUGGUGGGAAUUGCUAUCACUCCUUAUCCUCAUUGUAAUGAACACACAGCCCUCAACUGCCUUUCUUGACCUUGGAUAGUCGAGGAAAUGCCUCAUCAGCAAAUAGAAUGUGGGAGAGGAGAUUGAUGGCAGAAAUGUUCUCCUGCUUGCAGGGGGAAAAGCCUAAAGCAUGCCUGGUAAUGUGAGGAAAACUUUGCAGUGUGGAGCGGGGAUGUGAAGCCCUGAGCAGAAGCAGAGAGUGUUUGAUACCCACAGCCACCCUCACCUGUGUGUCCGUGUGUGUGUGCACAGAUCUGCACAGAGACCCUCGGGGCUGUUACAGACACUGAGAUCUCAGUGGUUAGAAACAGGGCACUGUAGAAACUAUUGGGAUUCCUUUAGUGGUAGUGGAAGAUUUAAGGAAAAGAAAAGCUUAGGAAUUAGCUGGUUAUUUUUUCCCCAGAGAAGCUAUUAACACUAGCAGAUUUGAAUAGUUAUUACACAAAAGCACAUCAGCAAUAAUCUCAGCAAAUUUACCAGCAAGAUACUUUAUCUUAAUGGUCUGGUUUGUAAUAUAUUAGCAUGGUAGCCAGUGGCCCAGGAGGUGGCUAUUUCCCAGCUGUAAAGAGAGAGGACUAAGGACAAAAUAUUUUUAUGAAAUCUGAGCUUUUACUGUGUCUCUAGUGUUGAUGUGGUAAUGAGUUUUUGUUACAGCAGUCAAUAAUUUUAUUCUGCAGCCUUCUGUAAGAAUGACUUGUUUUGACAGCGUGAUGCUGAGAAUAAGAAAGCUUUUCAAAACUCCAGAGAGUUUUCCACAUCAAGCCUAGUGCUUGUAAUGUUGCAUGAAAGGCUUCCAGAAACAGCUCUCUAGUUAAAAAAAAAAAAAAAAAAAAAAAGAAAAAAGACCUAUCUACUGUUACAAGAUAAAUCUGAUCAGAAAAUGAAGUUCUGCAGGACUGUGCUGGUGAGAAGGGCUGGGUUACACAAACUGUGCACCCUCACAGCUUCGUGAUUGCUACAAACCUAAACACUGCACUUAAUGCUUUUGCAAGCUCAGUAGUGCCUUUUGUAAUAUAUUUUUUUAAUUAAAUUUUUUGUUCUUUUGGAAGUUUUUUUUAAAAAGUGGCAUCCACUUACUAUGGGCAGAUAAAAUACAGUUUUUCUCUGGGCUUUCUGAACAGGAUGUCUUUUAAUGUCUCUAAGUUGGAUUAUUUGGUGCGAUAGCUCUCCAUGGGGGAGAGACUCCUCUUUUAGAAAUUAUUUAAAAAAUAAAAAAAAAAAGGCAUAUUUUACGCUUUUGUUAAAAUUGAACCUAGUUCUAUGGAGCUGGACAUUAGGAAGAGCUACUUUACAUAAAUGCCUCUCAUUCAGUCAUAUUCCAGACAAGUACCAGGGGCCUGGGGGGUGUCUUACUUUAGGAAACAUGUUUUAAAAAGCCCAGAAUCAAAAUCAUAACCUUCUGUAAUAAGUAUGUUACCUGAUUUAUUUCAUAAGGGUUUUUUGUUGGGUCGUUUUUUUAAUUUUUUAUUUUUAUGUAGCAGGCUUCAUGGUCUCAAAAUAUUUUAAUAUCCCACAUACAUAGAGAUUUACUCCAAAAGGAUUGAGAUUGGCGUUUUGGGUUUGUUUUUUUUUUUCUGGGUGGUUGGUUUUUUCAAUAAUUUAUUGUAAAUUAGAUCUUUAUCAUUCUGGAGAAAUUGAUCAGCUGAUGUAACUGCCUAAUACCAUGUUAGAGCCAAAGUGCUGGGGGAAGUUGCUGUGGGGGCAGCUGCUGUUCUCCACCCUGCUCCUUCCCAGCUGUGGUGCAGCAGCAUUGCCCUUUGCUAAGAGUUUGUUACUGAGCCAGGAGACUGAUACUAACACUCUAGUUCGUUGUCCUUUUUACUUUUAUGCUUUGCUUUAUUUUUUUAAUGUUUAAAUGUAUGUUACUGGUAUGUACAUGUAGCCAGACACCCCCCACACACCCAGCACAUCCUUGCCUUUCACUUUGUAAUGUUGUUUUGGUUCAGUCAGGAGAGUAUUUUUUUAACUGUGUUAUAUAAUGUGCAUUAGUCCAGUUGUACUUAAAAGGUCAUUUUUCUAACAAUGUGUUACUUCAGCUAUGACAGAAAUAGCAACUUAUGCAGCAAUUUGAUCAUUUGUGAUUUUGUGAAGAAAGCCCUUCAACACUGAGCCUGUGGAGACACUUUAAAUCAGUGAUAGUGCUUGAAUUGUGUUUUCUUGGCCAAAAGUUCACUUUUAAAGGUGCAAAAUAGCUGUGUUUUUGUUGGUUGUUUUUUAAUUAGCAAAGUGUCAUGUUAAAAAUACAGAAGUAUCCCACUUUCUAUUAAAAUCAAAUAAAUAGCUGAAAUGAAUGGCUGUGUUGAAUAUGGGAUGUGGGGAGGAGGAGCUGGGCAUGGCAGGGCAACUCACUGGUUUGUCCAGGCCUUGCUUGUCCAGUACCUGCAGCUUUUGUGUGUGUGUGCAGUGACAAUGGACUACACCAGCAACGACUUCAGAGUCUGACAGUGUUGAAGAACUCAGCCUAUGGUAAAAAAGGCAUAAUUUUAAAUUUCACACUUUCCGUCCCCACCUUAAGUGUCACCAAAACUAUGGUUAAUUUCUGUACCUGUGCAAAGAGGUGUUGUGUCCUCUGGUUGCCCACCAAGAGCUCAUUCACUGACACAGGGGAUGUGUGUGUGAGAGUACAUGUGCACCCACCCAACACUAAAAAUCACAGAAUUUUCAUCUUACAGCUGCUGGUUCCCCGUGGUGGUGACACAGUCCUGCAAAGGGCUGUGCUUAGGCCACAGCAGUUCCCCUCUUGGGCACCUCUGUGGCUGAUGACAAUUAACUGCUCUGGCUCCCACCUCCAGUUUACAUUUCAGGUGGUUGGUGAAAGAGCUGUUGCCCUGAGCAGUGUGGGCCACACCAGGUCCUGCACCAGCAGCCCCUGCAGAGCUCCCGCCACACCUGCUACCGCUGCCCAUGCAGCCAUUCAGCUGAAGAGACAGGAAAGACAGACAGACCAAGUAUUUUAUUCAAAACUUUAAAAAAGUUAAUAGACAAAAACUGAUAAAUUAUUCUCAUUGCAUCAAUGAGAGAUACAUCAUGAUGGUUUCCUCUUGCCCCCCACACCUUACACUACACAAUAAUGUCUGUUCCCUACCCUACUCCUUGAACUGAUCCUGAUGUAGCAGCAUUCAUAUCAAGCCCUUAAAUCCUCUUCUCCAUAGGCUGUGUGAUUAUGCUUCAUACAGCUCUGACAGGAGUAAGUUCAGCAUUUCAUCAACAUCCUUAUUGAUCAGAGAAUCUGUCAAACAAGUUAGUUACAUCUGCUGUCCUACUGUUAACUGAGCCAGGCUUCUGCAUGGGCUCAGGGUAGCCAGCAAGCUCCAGAACGCUUCUGAGCCCUCCCCUCCCACAGGCCCAGCAGCAUCAGAGCUGUCUGAAGGGGCCCUUGGAGCCUUCUGCCCAAUGCCUGUCCUAUACACUGGCCCUAGACAGCCACCCCCUGGCCACUGCUCACCAUGCUGGCAACAGCACCACUACCCUGAACUCACUGGUGGUAUUGCUCUACUCUGAAAGUAAGGUAUCAAACAGUGGGAAAGAGCACUCAAAAAUAUAUCAGUAACUGAAAGCAC